AUGAAAAGACAGGAAAAUACCAAAGAACUGGAAGGGGUGAUUCAGAUGGACAGAGCUACAAACCCAGCAAAGAGCUUUCGAGUGGUGGUGCGCCUGUGUCCGCAGAAACAGAAGGAUCAGAGAACAGAUGAGACAAGGAGCUCCAUUAACGUAGUAGGACCAAACAGGAUUGUUGUGGAUACAGGUCGGGGUCACCAGCCUCACUCGCUGGACUUUGAUGCCGUGUUGGAUGAGUCUACUACCCAGAAGGAUGUCUAUGAAUCAACAGUAAAGCCUUUGGUGGGGUCCCUGAUGCGAGGAUACAAUGGCUGUGUCAUUGUCUAUGGCAGCCCUGGUACUGGAAAGACAUACACCAUGCUGGGCAACAGCAUCUCUGGGAAGCAGCGUGGAAUCCUCAGUCGAGCUGCUGAAGACAUUUUUAACUCACCAGAGGCAUCAUACUGCAGAGUCAGAGUGUCUUUCUACCACAUAUCCAAUGAGAAGAUUUAUGACCUAUUGGAGAGCCAGAUGACGGAGGUGUGUCGUAUCCAUGAUGGAGAAGAGCUGGUGCAGUUGGAGGGGCUCAAAGAGGUGGAGGUGAGCUCGGCACAGACCCUGCUGCAUCUGUACCGCCGUGGGACAGCCAACAGGAAUGCAGGUAUUUCAAGAGGUGAUUUUGCAAGCAAGAGCCAUGCCAUAUUCAACAUUGUCGUCAUAAAUACAAAACUCCAGUUCAAUAAUGAGGGGAUGGUCACUGCCAGCAAGCUCACUCUGGUGGAUCUUGCAAGUUCAGGCAAAGGAAUGUGUUGUAGCACUGCAGCCAUGGAUAUAAAGAAAUCCUUGCAGACAUGUCAAGAAAACCCACAAGAGGCAAAGACACUCAAGCGAUCCCUUGCAAUAUUCAGAAAUAUGAUUUUUGCCCUCAGUACUCCCAACUGUCAACAUGUUCCAUACAGGGAGUCCAAACUGACCCGAGUUCUGAGAGAAUGUUUGGGAGGAAACUGUUGGACCUGUCUGAUCGUGACUGUGUCAUCUCAGCUGAGCACUGUGACGGAGACACUGAGCUGUCUGCAGCUUGCCUCGCGAGCUAUGGCCAUGCCAGGACGACCUAUCCACCGCUCUCAGCUCCCCUGCUCUCCUCUACGGGUGCUGAGUGUGAGGGCAUGUGAAAAGAAUGCAGUUCCUGUGAACAGGCAGCUAGCCCAGGUGCCAGCCAGCAACGAUAGAAGGUUUCAGUCUCAGACCUGCUUGCCUCCCAUCCCAUCUGGACCGGGGCCUCAGCUCAGACCUGGCCAGAGACGGAGUGAGGAAUCGGAUCAUCUGGCUUUCCUGCCGCAGCUGGAUAAACCUGGUCUCACACAGGGGCCACAGGAGAAAUGUGGGGCUGUGGACAGUAGGCUCGCUCACUCCUUAUCACGGUCUCAGUCCAGCGGUUUGGUCCAUCCUGUGCCAUGGCGGUCAGUGGAGAGGCUCUCCUCAUCUUCACUGGGCUCCUCAGCACCCCCAGCUCUUCCCUCCCCAACUACAGUGCUUUUGGAGUGCCCAGGCUGCAGGCAAGAGCGUAAGCUUAGGGAGGACUAUGAUAAGGUUGUCAUGCAGGUGCGAAAGGACAAGGAUACUUUGAAUCAGAGGGUGGCAGAGUUGGAGGCAGCACUUCAGAAGAUUGGAUCAGAGGAACCAAAGAAAGACACAGUCAGCACCACACCACACACUACGACAGAGACUGCUGAGAAAUCGGAGGUUUCUCUUGGGCCAGAGAAAGAGCUGGAUGAAGUCUUGUCUCUGAGGCAAGCUCUGGAGGUCAACAGAGAUGACCUCUUAUACUUGGAAACUGAGAAUAACCAUCUGAAAAUACAGCUCGUGUGUUUGCAAAGGGAGGUUGAAAGUCUAAGGAUUCAGUUGGACCAGUGUGAGGAGAGAGAGAAAGCUCUUGCUGACAGACUUCAUGCAGAACAGAGCCUGGCUUCACAGAAGACACAAGAGUUAAGGGACCAGCUAGAGACAGCCAGAGCCCAAAACACACAAGACCUCUCCACUCUACACAACCAAUGGGAGAACCUUCUGGCAGAGCUGCAGGACACUAAAGAGGAACAUGAGCGGUUCAGGGAGAAUGUGGCCUACACUGUGUCUCAGCUACACAAAGAGAAGGUUGAACUGAUAUCACACAUUGAAGACACUAGAAGAAAUUAUGAAAAGGUCAGGUCAGAGAAUGCAGGUCUCCGGGAGCAAGUGGAAGCCCUUCUAAAAGAGACAAACUCCAGUACCCAUCCUGGUCCCCAUGGCAACACAGGGUCCCCACAAAUCCACACUGUCACUGCCAACACAGAGAUGCUGGUGCUGUCCCAUCGUCAUGUGUCACAGCAGUGUACUACCUCCACCCCUCAAGAGGGAAAGUGUUACUGUAACCACUGCAGUGGAUUAGGGGACAAGUCUGAACUCCAGUUCACAGACAGACCCUCUGAUCCACGUAACAUGAGUGAUUAUGAACCUGGCCCAAAAUCCAAAAAUGCUUUCAAGCAGCUGAGGAGAGAACACAACCUGCUGCUAGAUGUGAUGCUGAUCCUGUACAGGAGAGAGUGGUUUGUACAGGACGCUAUGCCAUAUGUUAAGAGAACCUUACGGAAGUGUGGGAUAGGCCCAGAAGACCUGAUCUGAACCCAGAGAGAGAGCUGGAAAG